AAGAGAUGAUGAGUAGGAAUCCAAAUUUACAAUGUUCUAGGGAUGGCCACGAUUAAAGCCCUAUAACUGGAGUGUGUUCAAAUUCAUAAUGUUAAUCAAACAAAGCGUUUUGUGUUGCCUGUAAAGUCGAAUUUCAUAAAGGACAUGAAGGAGAGUUAGUUUAUUUCCAAAAUUAUCCACAAUGGAUUGCUAAUUGUCUCAAACCUUAUCAAGAAUUUACAACUUUUUAAGAUACAGUUCUGUAAACAUCAAAUAAAUUAAACGAGGUUUUAAGUUAAGCGAACUAUUUAAAAAAUUAAGACAUCUCAGCCAUGUCCUUAACUUAAUUAGAAUAAUACACAAAAGGUUUGUUGUCACUGAAAUCCUCAGAAGCACAAUUGAGCUCAGCAAUAAAUAAAGUUAAAAAUGACUUAAGUACUCUAUUACUAGUUUUGAAACCUAUGUCAGGCUAAUAAGGAGGAGGUUAGCAAUAAUAAUAAAUCAUUUAGACCCAAGCACUUUAAUAAAAUUAAUCAAGUUAAUAAUUAAAAUAAGGAUAACCUCAAAAUGUUGCACCAACAUAAUUAAAUUUAACAUUUUCAGAUAAAAACAAAAUAUCUCCAAAUAUUAAAAUAGAAAAAGGUGGAAAGUAAGCAAGUGGAAUUGGGUUUUUCAUUUGUGAUUUUGUGAUUCCAAAGGAUAGAGAUUCGAUUUUCUCUUUCAAGUAUAAUAGUGGAUUUAGCAUUGCUUUGGGAUUGUGCUAUAAGGAUAGAACUAUAGAAUAAAAUUAUUCAAACAAAUUGCAAAAAACAGGUCAUGAGUAAGGUUACUUUCCUAAAUAGAUUUUAUUUAAUUACGAGUGCCAGCAUGAGUUAUUCUCAUUCAGAUGAAUAAGUUAAUAACAAAUCCCAGAAGUUUAAGAUUUCUCCACCCGACGUCGUGACAUUGAGGAUCAGAGCCAAUUAAAAAUAGCUUACCUGGAUAGUGAACAAGGAAGAAGUUUUGGUAAUUUUGUAAAUUAUGUAGACCAUGACUAUUGAUUUAAGUAAAGAGCUUUAACCCUUUAUUGACAUAUGCGGAGUAGUUGAUAUAAUUGAUGGAUGAUGAGAAUCAAUUUAUUUG